AUGCCUAAAAUUAAAUCUGAAAAGAAGUCAAGAGUGCAUAAUGAAAUCGCUAAACAAGGGAUUCAAUUUAAUAAGGAUUUUGGCCAACAUAUAUUGAAAAACCCGCUCAUUAUAACAUCUAUGCUGGAUAAAGCUGGUUUGAGACCAACAGAUAUUGCUCUUGAGAUAGGUCCAGGUACUGGUAAUAUGACAGUGAAACUCCUCGACAGAGUCAAAAAAGUUGUAGCAUGUGAAAUUGAUACCAGAUUGGUUGCUGAACUUCAAAAACGUGUGCAAGGCACACCUUACCAAGCAAAACUUCAGAUCAUUGUAGGAGAUGUUCUUAAAACAGAGCUUCCAUUUUUUGACAUCUGUGUUGCCAAUAUACCAUACCAGAUUAGUUCUCCUCUUGUAUUCAAAUUAUUACUGCAUAGGCCCUUCUUCAGAUGUGCAGUGUUGAUGUUUCAGAAAGAAUUUGCACAAAGGUUGGUGGCAAAACCGGGGGAUAAGUUAUAUUGUAGGCUCUCUAUUAAUACACAGUUAUUAGCAAGAGUAGACAUGUUAAUGAAGGUAGGGAAAAAUAACUUCAGACCCCCUCCUAAAGUUGAGUCAAGUGUGGUGAGAAUAGAACCUAGAAAUCCACCACCACCAAUAAACUUUGUGGAAUGGGAUGGCUUAACCAGGAUAGCAUUUGUUAGGAAAAACAAAACACUGUCUGCAGUUUUCAAACAUGCAACCACUAUUGCUGCACUGGAGAAAAACUACAGGGUGCACUGUUCACUACAUAAUAAAGAUAUACCAGAAGAUUUUGACAUUAAACAAAAGAUUCAAGAUAUAUUAACAAAUUCAGAAACCGACCAGAUGAGAGCUAGAAUGAUGGAUAUUGAUGAUUUCAUGAAGUUAUUACAUGCCUUUAAUUCAGAAGGCAUUCACUUUGCAUAA